AUGUAUUUCCGCAGUCUGUUCUUGUCCCUGUUCCUGGUUCUGGCUGUGAGCCUCGCCUUGGUCCAGGCCGAAGAUGCAAAGGAACCCCGUGGUCCAAAGGUCACACACAAGGUCUACUUUGAUAUUCAACAUGGAGACGAGUCACUCGGUCGCAUCGUUUUCGGACUUUACGGAAAGACCGUCCCUUUGACUGCCGAAAACUUCCGGGCUUUGGCCACUGGCGAGAAAGGCUUCGGUUAUGAGGGCUCGACCUUCCACCGUGUCAUCAAGGACUUCAUGAUUCAGGGUGGUGAUUUCACCAACCACGACGGCACUGGUGGCAAGUCCAUCUAUGGCAACAAGUUCAAGGACGAGAACUUCAAGCUUCGUCACACCAAGAAGGGUCUCCUGAGCAUGGCCAAUGCCGGCAAGGACACCAACGGCUCUCAGUUCUUCAUCACCACCGUUGUCACCUCUUGGCUUGACGGACGUCACGUUGUUUUCGGUGAAGUCCUCGAGGGCUACGAUAUCGUCGACAAGAUCCAGAACGUUCCCAAGGGUCGCGGUGAUAAGCCCGAGAAGCCUGUCACUAUUGCCAAGAGUGGUGAAUUGGAGAUGGAGAAAUCGGAAACCGAGGACAAAGAACUCGACGAACAGCCAACCCCGACCCCUACUCCCGAGGACUCACCAGCAAACGACCAGCUCUCCUUCUCUUUGCAACCCCUUUUGAUCUUCGUCGUGCUAGUCGCAAUUGUUGGAUUCUAUAUCAGCCGCCGUCGCAGCCAAACGCGACAGCAAGGUGAGAAGGAAUUCGACGCCUAG